AUGAGGGCCACGACAUUUGUCCUCGCGGCAGUGAUUCGCUUCGCAUACGCUCAAGACAUAGACGACAUUCCUGAAUAUGUGUGGCCCCCCUUUGCGGCCUACUGCGUCGCCAAUGGCUGGCUCAAUACUUUCCAGACGGAUGUGAUCUCUACAGCGACAUUGACAGAAACACAACCCAGUAUCAUCACCAUUACUAAGUCCGCCACGUACGACGUCGGUGACAAAUAUACUACCGUGGAUAUCGAGACAUCCACAUCAAGGAUAGAGUCUGGUUUGACCGCAUCACAAGCCACAACACCGACGGCGCAAUCUACAGCCUCUAUACCCGAAUCUACUCCGACCGCCGAGCCUACGUCUACGAUUGAUGGUGGCAAUAGCGAAUCCUCCUCCGAUAGAUUAUCGACGGGAGUGAAAGCUGGUAUUGGAGCUGGAGCUGCCCUCGUGGCAAUGCUGGCUGUGGUUCUACUCUUUUGGUGGCGAAAGAGGAAGAAGGCCAGCCAGGGUGACGGUAACGAAGAUAUCACACCAGAGCUCAGCGGCGGGGACAAAUCCAACAGAUAUGAAUUGGAUUCAUACACGGCACCAUUGGAAGCCGACAAGAAGAGCCCUGCAAUAUUCUCAAAUCAACAGAAUCAGAUGAUGGCCGAGCUGGACGGAACUCCGUGCGCAUCGCCUGAGCCCAACAUUCACGAAAGGCACGAGGUCACGCCUUCAGUUGAGCAGCACACGGUAUCACCGGAGGUCGUGUCCACGAUUUCGCCCCCAAAGUCGACCCUGUCAUCUGCACCAAAGCCCCUAAUUGCUGAUAUGGCUGAGCUGGAACACCUACUACAUGAGGAGCGGCUCUUGAGAGACAGGAGACAGACGUUGGAGCAGUUGCAACGGAUACAAGCGGACGAACUUGCUUUGGGGGAGCGAAUCAGGACUCUGCGGCAAAGUCGCAGCUAG